ACCAAACCAACGCAAUGGACGUCUUAUCGCGGAAACUUUUUGUACUUUCCUCGUGGUUGUUUUUGGCACAGAGCACGACUCAAGACUUCGGACAGACACAGUUCAUUUGCCAAUCGGUGCCCAAGGAUAUGGACUUGUGCUCGGCAUCAAUGCAGAACAGUGGCCCGGCAGAGGACCUGAAGACCACCGUGAUGCAGCUGCGCGAGACCGUGCUGCAGCAGAAGGAGACGAUCAUGAACCAAAAGGAGACAAUCAGGGAACUAACAUCCAAACUCAACCGCUGCGAGAGUCAGAGCGCGCCAGCCGCAGAGGGCGCGAGGCGGCCGGGGGGAAAGAACACUAUGGGAGACGUGUCCCGGGGCACUACGGAGACGCUCACCCAACUGGGACAGACCCUCCAGACCCUCAAACAGCGGCUAGAGAAUCUAGAGAACUACAGCCGCGGCAACAACGGCUCUACGCAGGCGAACAGCCUCAAAGACCUGCUGCAGAAUAAGAUCGACGAUAUGGAGAAGCAGGUGCUGUCCCGGGUCAACACUCUAGAGGAGGGCAAAGGCUCCAGGAACGACACGGAGCAGCGCAACCGCGUGGAGUCCGCUCUCACGUCUCUGCACCACCGCAUCACGGACCUGGAAAAAGGUAAAGACGGCAGACCCAGUGAAAAGUUCCAGUUGACGUUCCCAUUGAGGACCAACUAUAUGUACGCCAAAGCCAAGAGGAGCCUGCCUGAGAUGUACUCCUUCAGUGUCUGUCUGUGGAUCAAGUCCAAUGCCUCUCCGGGAGUAGGCACGCCUUUCUCCUACGCCGUCCCAGGACAGUCCAAUGAGCUGGUGCUCAUUGAGUGGGGCAACAACCCAAUGGAGAUCCUCAUCAAUGACAAGGUUGCCAAGCUGCCAUUCCUAAUCAAUGAUGGAAAAUGGCAUCACCUCUGCAUCACAUGGACCACUCGGGACGGGGUGUGGGAGGCUUUCCAGGAUGGUGUGAUGAGGGGCAAUGGAGAAAACCUGGCACCAUACCACCCCAUCAAACCAGAGGGGGUGCUAGUCCUGGGACAAGAGCAGGACACAUUGGGAGGUGGAUUCGAUGCGACACAAGCCUAUGUGGGCGAACUGGCAAACCUAAACAUCUGGAACAGGAAACUGACAGUAGCUGAAAUCUACAACCUGGCCACAUGCAAUAGCAAAGCACCAGCAGGCAACGUCUUCUCCUGGUCAGAAAGCAACAUCGAGAUUUUCGGAGGAGCAACCAAAUGGACAUUCGAGCCGUGCCGUUCGAACAACUAA